UUUAUACAAUCAUUGCAGAAUAAUACAAGAGAAGUGAAGAUGACCAUGAACACAACAAAAACCCUUUUCCUUAUUUCUUGUAUCGUGAUGAUGUUGAGUUUAUCGACCGCUAUUCCUCAAGGGAAUGAUCUGAAAUGGUGCCCUAAGAAGGAUACAUUCCUGGGGGGACCGUGUCCGGCGAACGGCGGCACACAGUGCUUGCUUGAUUUUAUGGGAAAGUAUGGAGCAAGCAGCAUGCCAAAGAAUUGUAUAUGCUCGACUUUAGGAGCUAAUUCAAGAUCUUGCUCAUGUGACGUUGUUUGUCAACAAUAUUAGCACUUUUCUUGUUAAAUUAUGCACUUUAUUUCACACCCUAAUAAAGAAAUUUCCUUCCUUCUA